AUGGCCGACCGCGGGAGGUCGCCGCGACGCGACUACUCGCCCCGGCGCGAGCGCGGGCGGGACCGCGAUGACCGCCGGGGCCGCGGGGCGCACGACCGAGACAGGGACGCUGACCGGCGGCGCGGGCGCGAUGAGGGUGAGCGCGGGUACGACCGGCGCGGCGACGAACGGCGCGGCGACGAACGGCGCCGGCGCCGCAGCCGGAGUCGCAGCCGGAGCCGGGAGCGCGAGCGGCGGGACCGCGACCGCGAGCGGCGGUACGACGGGGAGGUGUACGGGAACUCCCCCGCGCGCCAGGAGCCACGUCAGUACGACGGCGUGGUGUACGGGGCCGCGGCGCGGGCGGCGGGGGGACGCGGACGCGGGGACUCGCGCGGCCGCGAGGGCUCCCGGGGCCCGAAGGAGGCGGCCCCGGCCCCUGACGCAGGCGCCCAGGCGGACCUGACCCAGAUCGACGUCGACGGCGAGGACCCCGAGGCGGCGAUGGCGGCGAUGGCGGCGGCGAUGGGCCUCCCGGUCGGGUUCGAUACGACGCAGGACAAGGACCACACGGCGACGGACGCGAGCGCGGUGCACCGCAAGACCACGCGGACGGCGCGGCAGUACAUGAACCGCAAGGGCGGGUUCAACCGGGACCUGCCCGCGGAACGCACGGGCGAGAAGGUGCGCAAGGAGGGGCUGCGCCUCGCGUAG